AUGUGGGUGGUGCAAGAAGUGGCGACGAUGAACGGGAGAAGAGGUCUUCUGAACGGGGCUAUUUUUUUCGGUAGCUCUGUUCCUCUUCUUCAGGCCAUCACGGCCGCCUUCACCGACAGCGAGUUCGAGGAGUUCCGACAUUAUUUCGAGAGGCUUCCCCAGCAUCUCAAGGCGCCCCUUUCCAAUUACACGCUGGUUCACGAUGUGAUGAUAGACGAUUCGCCGACCUCGUCGCAGGGUAGCGACGUGGAAGUCGAGAGAUCUUGCGACAGAGUAGCUGAAGACUCGAACGAUGAGGAAGUGGUGGUUAUCCAUCGGCGCGACAACCAGAGUGGGCACUCUUCUGGUGACGAUAGCGAUGAUCUCGAUCACAACUCCAUCGUAGCCGAUAGCGACUUUAGGUUGGUAACAUCCUUGUUCGGUGGACUGAGCAGCAGGGGUCGAUCAGCAGGCGUCGGUGGACCAGGUCCUGGUGGAGGUAGCACUACCAGAUCCGGCAACGGUGGUAGAGAUAGCGUAGUCAGCGACAUCGGGGAUUCCUGUUCGAGUCUCAAUUCCUGGCCAACACCGGAACAUGUGCCGUCGAAUCGUCCAGGAAGUGGUAGCACCGAACGCAGACGUCGGAGACUACCGGAAAUCCCCAAGGCGAAGAAAUCUUUGCCCAUCAGUCAGAUACCCAUGCAGUCGUCGUUGUCUCUGGCAGAUGAAUUGAACGCAGCAACGGGUUCCAGUUCAAGUCGGCCCCAUUUAGUCCUACGAAAAUGUCACUCGAGGCUCCGCCAUGAGGAUAGUUCACCUGACAGCGAGAGAAUGGCCACUGACAGUGGCCAUUCCACUGCUCACUCGCCGGAAAAUGGCCCGAAAAGCGUGUCGCCGAUACCCUGCAAUACUUUGCAGAACACGGACUCUGUUUCACCGAGCAGUUCACCAGGAAGCGGCAGUGUCCCGUUUACUCAGCUGGAGUUGCUCGAAGCGACGCAUCGAGCUUUGCACAAAUUUAUGCCUAGACACCACGAUGAGAUCGAUCUCGAGAUCGGUGAUCCUGUUUAUGUUCAGAAGGAGGCGGAUGAUCUAUGGUGUGAAGGCGUGAACUUGAGAACAGGUCGUCAAGGUAUCUUCCCCUCGGCUUACGCGGUCGACAUGGAUUAUAGUGACUUCGAUCCAUCGGCGCCGAAAGUGAAGAGAGAACGAUAUCUUCUUGGAUAUUUAGGAUCUGUGGAAACGUUGGUGCACAAAGGUACUGGUGUAGUUUGUCAAGCUGUUCGAAGAAUCGUCGGAAACUCGCAAGAAUCACCUGUUUCGCAAAGCUGUAUCUUGGAGGUGUCCGAUCAGGGUCUUCGAAUGGUCGAUAGGAGUAAACCACGGAAAAAUCAGGGACCCUGUCACGAUUAUUUCUACUCGCUUAAGAACGUCUCGUUUUGUGCGUUUCAUCCUCGUGAUCAUCGCUACCUCGGCUUCAUCACGAAGCAUCCUACCUUGCAAAGGUUCGCUUGCCACGUGUUCAUUGGUCAAGAAUCUACGAGGCCUGUUGCCGAAGCUGUCGGGCGUGCUUUCCAUCGGUUCUACACGAAGUUCAUCGAGACUGCUUUCCCGAUAGAGGAUAUCUAUAUCGAAUAGAUUACGCUGCUGGCCUGUCGUAUAGCGGCUAUGGAGGAAAAGAUAAAUUUCACAUUCCUUUGUCCCUUGUACAUACUGCCCUUAGCUGUAGAUAUAUAAAGAAACAAAAAAUGAUAAACGCGAAUCAAACACCCAAUUUGUAUACAUAUACAUAUACGUAAACAUCUGUAACGUGUAUUUAUAUAUAUGUAUAUCUAUAUUUACCGAGUAACUUCGGGAAGCGUCACGACGGGACCGAUUAUUCAGCGCCAUUUGUUAUUUGCAAUCGUUUCACGUUAAUUUAUUAAUUCAGUCGCAACAUCUCGAUCGAUCAUCAUUGUCAUCCGUAUGUAACUUCGACUAAUUCCCUCUCCAUUUUAAGCACGAUCGAUCUAUCAUCAUUCCUGCGAACAACAUCGUUACAUUCCAUCGUGAUGAUUUUGCCUUGUUUUCUUUUCUUUCUUUCUCUUUGUAUUUUUCGUUACGAUGAGAC